CGUCGCUCCUCUUCAUUCAUAAAGUCCGGCUGCCAUUCGGAUGAGAUGUAACGCGCUGCUGGAGCGUCGUGCCAUUGGCGAGCGCUUAUAACGCGUCCCUCGGUCGGACAGCAUGAAUUACACAUAGGCGUCUCACACACGCUUUCAGACCAUGAGUGAUGAGUCUCCGUUACAGACGCGCCUCACCACUGACGUGCCGCUGGCGUCUGGCUCUCAGGAGAACUACGUUCUGCUGCUGGUGCUGCUGUGUGUGUUCGCCGGCGGGACGCUGGUCCUUCUGUCCAUCCUGCUGGUCUUCUGCCACCGCUGCUGUCGAGGAGAGCGACGCUGCUCCAGAGCCAGUGAUGACCUGGAGAAAACCAACACCACAUACGUAGAGGAGAGUCAGCCGAUGCAAGACGUCACCAUCAGACUCGAGAGCGGCGAAUCACUGUCCACUUCCAGCUGUCAUGGAGAUACGGACGCGGAUCACUUCCUGUCUGCGUCGGUCACCGGAAGACGGGUGUCUUUUAACGAGGCCGCCAUCUACGAGCAGAGCGCCAAAGACCAGGAGAAAGGUCGAAGGUACACGCUGACGGAGGGAGACUUCCAUCACCUGAAGAAAGCUCGUCUGACGCACCUGCACAUGCAGCCGCCGGCGCUGAAGAUCCUCACCAUCAUGGAGUGUGAUUCACCGGAGAACAGGGUGACGCUCCCCGAACAGCCCUCAAAACACCCGUCCCUCUCCAUAUUCCAGCCCGUGGAGGGUCCCGUGCCGGAGGCUGCAGGAUUGUGGAGCGCUCAAAGCCCCAGCUGCGCUCUGCCCGGAAACACACUGAGCUCCACACUGAACAGCAGAGCCAAACCGGCCCGAUCACACACCAUCGAGGUGAUGAACAGAAGCCUGCUGAUGAACAGAGAUUCCACUUCCUGUCCAGCUCAGGGCACCAUGUUCCACUUCCUGUCCAAACUCAGACGCCACGCCAGCCUGGAGGGAGCGGGUCCUUUCUUCAGCGUGAAGAAAUGGAGACUGGACACCAUCCAGAGAGCGGCGAGUCUCGACACGAGAAGUUCUCCACGGAGACGUGCAUUUCAGAGGCAGCGGGCGGCCAGCGAGACUCUGGAUCAUGGAGAAGAAACCUUGCAGAGUGGAGUCAGUGACUUCUUGUUGCGAAAACCCACCACACAGCCUCAGAAGGAGCUGCCAAGACGCCUCUUGGCCGGUUCUUUGGACGCCACUCCUCCUGCCCUCAGCAGGUUAGAGGUAGAAGCCGUAAUGGAGCUCAGAGUCAACACAGAUUCACUGAAAGACACGACUCCAACAUUCCCCUCAACCCAUGGACCUCUGGAAGUGGAGGACGGUGAAGAGAAUGGACAAGAGAUGAUGGCAGAAGCGUCAGGAGGCAGCGGUGAAGAGUAUGGACCGGUGAGCCAUCAGGAGAGUCUAGAGCAGCCCAGCCUGUACCGCGACAUCUGGAGCCUGAGAGCGUCGCUGGAGCAGUACGCCUCCUCCGACCUGAGCAGCAACGACAGGGACUCCACUCGCAGCGAUGCUGACAGCGUUUGCUCAGCGGGAGCAUCGAGAGCGGGCAUCUCCAGCUACCAGUCGCAAGACAUCGAUGAUGAUAUAGACGGAGACAGCGAGCUUCCAUAUGAUGACGUGGUCAGGGAAGCCACGCAGAGGAGAAAUGGACGGGACAGUGUGGACUCGGAGAGAGGCAGCGACGGAGAGACAAACAACCGGAAGCUUCUGCAGAUGGACAGCGGAUACGCCUCAAUCGAGGCUCCUUGCAAGGCUCCGGAGGAGUUCAGAUUGUUUGGAAGUAGCUCCGGAAAGACGGCAUCAGAACGUCGCCGCUUUUUCACCAAUUCUGGCCGUAAAGGCACGGUUUGUGAGAGUUUUGAGGCACGGUUGUUUAAGGAAGAGCUGGAAGACGAGGCAUCAGAGAGCAGCGUAAGUUUGGAGGCAGAGACUCAACCUCAACCCACGACCAAACCCAAGCCGUGCUUCCGCCGCAGAGACUACAGCAUUGAUGAGAAGACAGAGGCGCUGUUUAAUGAAUUUCUACGCCAUGAUCCCCAGUUCGACCAGCAGGGCUCGCCCUCGUUGCGUCACCGGCAUCGCUCCAGAAUCCAUCUCAGAAAGCAGUGGCAGCGCAGCAAGCAGUACAGUGACCCCGGUGCCGCUCGAUACUCGCCAUCAUUAGAGCGACAGCGCUGCUAUCCACUCCACCGAGGCGACAGCGCCAACUACCCCUUAGACACGCGCUAUCACAGUACAUUGCCUCGCAUCGCUAGCGCCGCAGAUGAGGAAGCCAGCGAGGGAGCAGCGAGUACGGAAUCGCCCGAGCCGGAAAAAUCCGGUCCAGAGCUAGAGGAUGCUGAUCCGCCCUCAGAAACAAGAAAUUCUGGUCCAGACCUGGAGGAAAACUCAAACAACAGCAGCAACAACACAAGCCGGAAUUUCUUUUCAUCGCAAACGCAGGACAACAGUGCCAGGGAUUGUGGGAUAAUGGAGGACUUGGGAACAAAUGCUCAUUCCGCAGAUUCACAUAAACAUUCACAGAUGAACCGUGGUGGACCAAUGGCUACAUUUAGUUCUCAUUUGCAUUCACAUAGAAACACACUCAUGCCGGAUCCCACAGAUCCAGAUCAGGACUCGGACUACAAGCGUCACACUCUCACUGACAUCAGUCCCUCAGACAAACUGGCGUCCACACUGGACGAUCGGCUCUACUCUAUCCUGAGGACUCAAAGAGGGAGUCAAGAGUGUGUUGUGACCGUAAGCCGCACCUCACCAGAUCUAGAAGAAUAAGGGCCAGGUUUACUAAACAGGGCAAAUUAGCGCGAGAGCGCAAUUCCAAAAGAGUGCCGAUGGGUGUGGAAAUUUCUGUGGGUGAUUUACUAACAACAUGCAAAUUAAAGAACACAGACGCAACAUCUCAUUUACAUAUCGACCAACGCAAUAUACAAAGCACAGAGCGCAAAUUAGAGCAGUUGCAAAUAAAAAAAAGAAAUAAAGAAGCCAUAGUAGGCUACGUUGAAAAGAACCAGAGGUAAAAAAAUGCUAGAAGUUGCAAGAGGUUUUGAUAGAGCUGGUAUUGUGUGACUGCUAGUUGAGGGUUCCAAGUCGUCUUUUAUUUCCUGAAGCAAAUUAAAAAUAACAUGGCUUGGCAAACAAUAUUUUCGUGUUCUUCUUGCAUUCCAAAUAAAUUACGUGUGGAAAAAAAAUCCUUCUACCAUGCACUCUCUCAUCUCUGCAAAUUGGAGCCAUUUCAAGCGCAAAAUAAUUUAAGACAUGCUUUUUUUGGGGCAUUAAAUAAUGGCGCAAAUGGCAGUAAUUUGACGAGUGCAAACGUUAGUAAAACGCUUUGCGUGAUUCAUUUGAAUACUCUCCUCCCAUAAAUUUUGCAUCUGAAAGGGAAACUCCUACAAAUGCAUAUGCAAUAAAGUCCGGCACAAAAAUAACUGUGUCCACGCCUUUUCAGCGCUAAUUCUUCACUGUGUGUCUUUAGUAAAUCUUGACAGUACUAUUUUAACGCCAAAAGACGGUUUGCGCUGGCGCAAGCUGUUAGUAAAACUGGCUCUAAAGGUCCGUUCACACAAAGAACAAUAGCUAUAACCAUGAAGUUUUAUUAAUUGCUCUAACUCCAAGAGGAUUGCGAAGUCCGCACCACAACUAUAACGAUAAUGACACAAAUUAACGAUAUUGUUGGAAUCACGUUCAAAAUGCUUUUUCCAGCUUAUAAUGUUAAAAACAUCAUUAGCCAAUCUGACUUUAUAGACCUUGAGCAUAUAAAGGGGUCAUGAAGUGCAUUUUUUUGUUUAUUAAAAUAGCAGAUGGACGCUGAUGUGACGUACUCUGGGUCAUUUGGGUUAAAAACUUAUAAAUACUCAGUAUAUAUCAAACGGUCUGGCUCAGACAUUGCAAUAGUGGUAAAAACGCCUUUACUCACUUAUGUGUCCGACAUUACUCUUGGCUCCAAUCUAGUCAGACUAGCGAAAGACGAGAAACUGCAUAUCUGUGUGCUUAGAAUAAACAGAACGUUAUAGUGCGUUGGUGUGGACGCUAAUAUAGUUAAUGUUAUAGUUAUCGUUCUUGUACAGAAUAGUUUGGAUCAUGUUUGAAAUGGUACAGCGCCACCUGUUGGAAAACUGACCAAUGUAUAAACUUUUUUUUUUAAAUUCAGAUUAGUUUUUUUGGAUGUCAGUAACUCUUUUUCCACCAACAUGGUGCUGGUGCUGGGAAACUAAUGUCCUCGUUGUGUAAAGAACAAGAACUCGAUAGCAACAGUGACACAGAUCUAGAUCUCGGCCGUUAUAAUUAACAAACACACACCCCCUUGCUUCCACGUUUGUCACAUUGCACUACGGCACUAGACACUUUCUUUUUGCAAUCCAAAAUGGAGAAUUCAUUACUAUGAAUUUGAAAGACUUGGCCGUGAUUGUUUGUUGGUAUGCUCGUCAAUCAGUGAGAAUUGAGAGUCCUGUAGAUCGCGCAGCCGAGCACCAGCACCGUUCCUGUGGAAGAAGAACAGCAAACAUCACCUUUAGAGAAAUGACAAUAACUCUACUUCAGUAGAAUAAGAAACAGGACGAAUACAAGUAUGACGUCUAAUGGAACAUUAGCAAUAAAUACACACAUGUAAAGAGUGAGGUGUGUUGUAACUAACUCAGUAAAAUACUGGUAGGCUGACCAUCGGCAAACAGUCAUUAUUUCAGUAAAUCUGUUUGGUGACAGAAAUUACAGAGUUCACCAGAGCAAGAGUUUAAAAGGCGUUAAAAACACAUCCAUCCAAGAUGAACGCUAGAAACCCUCAUAAAACUUCAUCUCAUUAAGGGACUAAACAUAGAAACACGGAUCUGCAGUCAAACUAACUUUCACUGUGAAACAAACUGCAGCCGUUUGGUGCUCUGAGUCACAUUUCAGCCGAGACUCAAUUAAAAUCAGCACUGAACAUUUCUAAUUAAACAGAUCUUGAACACUUUCAGAGACAGAGAUCCAAUAUAUGCCACAAUGCACUGUUCCUCGUCUCAUACUGAAGCAUUUCAACCUUGAUAUUUUAUGAGUCCAGAACAUCAUGAAUCCUUGUUAUUAAAACGUUGAUGUUAAGAUGAUCAGCGAUCAAUAUCUCAGUUUUCAUAUCAUACAAGUACAACUAUUAGGGUCAUAAAUGUGUCUUGUAUAAUUUAUUCCAUCCAGAUCAUGUUUAGCAUUGGUAGGUGAUUGCAUAUGUACAUCUAGAUAACUCUAAAGUGUCAUUUUUAAAUUAUAAUUCCUUUGCAAUAAAGGUACUUUUGUUGGGUUUAUGCAAAAAAAUCAUGUUCAUUGAAAAAAAAAUUAAAUUGUCAGCUAAUAUCAAUGCGAAUGAGACGUGUAUGUUUAAAUUAAAUGAAUGCUUUUACACAAUGAUGACUCAAAAUAUUGGGAAAAAUCUGGAAUUUGGAAUUGUUUGGAAACAAAAUGAUGUCUUGAAAAGGCUCAGGGUGAACCAUUACUUUAACCUCCAAAAACGAACUGAUGUUGGGUAGUUUAAAAAUAAAAGAGUUAUAUACAGUCUAGGGAGCUAGAAGAAGAAACGUUCUAUUAAUGACUCGAUGCCGUUCCUGAACACGGAUACGUUCAGCAACAUAAGCUCUGAUGGACAUAAAGCAUAUAAUGAAAUAUCACAGAACACAUUAAA